CCCACAACUGGAGUUGUUCUCCCUCUAAUCCACAUGCAGUCCAGGGACCUGUCUUCAGCCAACUAAUCGGUUCGUCUCUGAUUGGUUUGCGUCAAGAGCCGGGUGGCUCACAGCCAACUGGAUAGCAGAGGAGACGGACCUGAGGCGAUGUUGGGACCCAGUUUGGAGAAUAAGGACAAAUGAUCGACAAGAAGUUGAACCUAUGGAGUCAGGCCAGGGCGGACCUCGGAUCUAACUUCGUGGAAAGGGCAUGCACUGGGUGUUUGGCUGGUUGCUAAGGAGAGGUUGGCGGCUACCGGGAGGUGAGAAUGAUUGGUGAAAGUGAGAAAAAAUGUAGCCAAUGAAAGGAGAGCUGAGAGACUUGGGAGCCAAUCAGAGAAGGGGCGUAGUCUGAAAAGUACCAAUAUGUUAAUUCGGCAGGGGGAGUCUUUGAAAAAACUUGGACAAGAGGGCGACUAAGUGAACCCUAGAAGCGAAAGACCUUGGAAAUAUAGUUUCUAUUAUCUCCUAAAAAUCAAGCCAUGAGGAAAGUAAUUCAGGCUCCUAGGCUUGAUGGGUAUGUGCUAGGCAAUUUCCCCUGUAAGUUCUUUUCGUGGUGCGCUCCGCUUGAUCACGUGAGCCGGUUCCAAGAUGGCGGCAGGGGUGGCCGGGUGGGGGGUUGAGGCAGAGGAGUUCGAGGAUGCGCCUGAUGUGGAGCCGCUGGAGCCCACGCUUAGCAACAUCAUCGAGCAGCGCAGCCUUAAGUGGAUCUUCGUCGGGGGCAAGGGUGGCGUUGGCAAGACCACCUGCAGCUGCAGCCUAGCGGUCCAGCUGUCCAAGGGGCGGGAGAGUGUUCUGAUCAUCUCUACCGACCCAGCCCACAACAUCUCCGAUGCAUUUGACCAGAAGUUCUCCAAGGUGCCCACCAAGGUCAAAGGCUAUGACAACCUCUUCGCCAUGGAGAUUGACCCCAGCCUUGGCGUGGCCGAACUGCCUGACGAGUUCUUCGAGGAGGACAACAUGCUCAGCAUGGGCAAGAAGAUGAUGCAGGAGGCCAUGAGUGCCUUCCCCGGCAUUGACGAGGCCAUGAGCUACGCAGAGGUCAUGAGGCUGGUGAAGGGCAUGAACUUCUCGGUGGUGGUGUUUGACACGGCGCCCACAGGCCACACACUGAGGCUGCUCAACUUCCCCACCAUCGUGGAGCGGGGCCUAGGCCGCCUCAUGCAGAUCAAGAACCAGAUCAGCCCCUUCAUCUCCCAGAUGUGCAACAUGCUGGGCCUAGGGGACAUGAACGCAGACCAACUGGCGUCCAAGCUAGAGGAGACGCUGCCCGUCAUCCGCUCCGUCAGCGAACAGUUCAAGGACCCUGAGCAGACAACGUUCAUCUGCGUGUGCAUUGCUGAGUUCCUGUCCCUGUACGAGACGGAGCGGCUGAUCCAAGAGCUAGCCAAAUGCAAGAUCGAUACCCACAACAUCAUCGUCAACCAGCUCGUCUUCCCUGACCCUGAGAAGCCCUGCAAGAUGUGUGAGGCCCGCCACAAGAUUCAGGCCAAGUACCUGGACCAGAUGGAGGACCUGUACGAAGACUUCCACAUUGUGAAGCUGCCGCUGCUGCCCCACGAGGUGCGGGGGGCGGACAAGGUCAACACCUUCUCUGCCCUCCUCUUGGAGCCCUACAAGCCCCCCAGUGCCCAGUAGCACUGCUGCCAGCCCCAGUCGCUACCAUUUCACACCCACCCUCCACCCCCCCCUGGGGGGGGCAGAGUUUGCACAAAGUCCCCCCCCAUAGUAUAGGGGGAGCCACUUGGGGGGCGGGGGGCGGGGAGGAGGUCUGUUCCCCCUGGUGGGGCUGAGGGGGCUGUAGCUGCCCCCCACCUCUCCCUGCCUCUCGCCCCUCAAUAAAAUGAUCUUAAAUCAC